CUUCACCGAAUAUUCUUCCUUAAAUUUCCUACUCCCUCUGUACGACUCUAUAAGACCAAACCUUCUGAACGAAAAAAUAGCAGUCUGAGAAGUAGAAAAAAACAAAACAUACGGAAUGAGUGAGUCAAUAAAGAGAAAUUACUGUGUGGGUGAAGAGUUAGGAAGGGGACGAUUCGGCACCGUUUUCAAGUGUUACUCGCCGGCGACCGGUGAGCCAUUCGCCGUCAAGUCUAUCGACAAGCGCCUAAUCGCCGAUGACGCCAUAGAUCGACAAUGCCUUUACAACGAAGCGAAAAUUAUGCACUUGCUUUCGCCCAAUCCUUAUGUUGUUCGUAUCUUCGAUAUCUACGAGGACGAUACUCACCUUGAUAUGGUUCUAGAGCUCUGCAAUUCCGGCGAUUUGUUCCAACGCCUCACUAGCCAACCGGUUUUCUCAGAGUCCAAAGCUGUUGAUGUCAUGGUACCACUAAUGAAAGCAAUAGCUCACUGUCACCGUCUCGGUGUAGCCCACAGGGACGUCAAGCCGGAUAACAUUUUAUUCAACCACUCGAACGAGCUGAAAUUGGCUGAUUUUGGAUCGGCGGAGUGUUUCCGUGAUGGACAGCUGAUGAGCGGCGUGGUAGGGACGCCGUAUUACGUGGCGCCGGAGGUGUUAGCUGGGAGAAACUACAGUGAGAAGAUCGAUAUUUGGAGUGCUGGUGUUAUUCUGUAUAUAAUGCUUGCCGGAGUUCCGCCUUUCUUUGGUGACUCGGCUACGGAGAUCUUCGAGGCUGUGCUCAGAGCGAACCUUAGGUUUCCGACUAGGAUCUUCCAUUCAGUAUCGCCGGCAGCGAAGGAUGUGCUUCGGAGAAUGCUCUCUAAAGACGUUUCUAGAAGAUUCUCUGCUGAACAAGUUCUCAGACAUCCAUGGAUGACUAGCAAUGGAGAAAUUGCUCCAUUUUAGCUUCGAGGAGAUUUGCGUCUGGCGAUUAAGAAAACGAAAUGAUCAGUGAUAUGCGAGCAAUUAAUUGUUCUUGGAUGUAGAUAUAGUAAGUGAGAUAUAUACAUAAUGUACAGGCACCAAUAUACCCUGAUCUAAAUUGAUUUGCUUAACCACAAGUCAAUUUGGAGUCUAGAGGGUAACGGCAGAUGCAUUACUUCCCCCAUUGUUGCGAGGUUUUAAUGCAAUGUUUGUAUGAUACUGAAUAAAUUCUCUUUUCCCCCUUA